CGGGCGGGCGGGCGUCUGCUGGUGACUCCUCACUGGGUUUUCCUUCUCCCGCCCUCCCUUUCUCUCUACAGAUCUCCUCCUCCCCAAGAGAGGCUGCUAUUAAACCUUCAUCACUACCAGCGGGGCUCUCACUUCAUACGGGAGAGGGAGAGAGAAGCUGGGACCGCACUGCCAACUCGUGCCUUCCGGAUCCUAGGUGAGCUCUUGACUGCGACAGCGCUGUGGCGAACAUGGCACCCAAGAAGAAGGCUAUCAAAAAGAACAAAGCAGAGAUCAACGAGAUGACUAUCAUCGUAGAAGACAGCCCCCUAAACAAGCUGAGUGCUCUAAACGGGCUCCUUGAGGGCGGCAACAGCCUUAGCUGUGUCUCUUCUGAGCUAACAGACACUUCCUAUGGCCCCAACCUCCUGGAAGGUUUAAGUAAAAUGCGGCAAGAGAACUUCCUGUGUGACUUAGUCAUUGGUACCAAAACCAAAUCCUUUGAUGUUCAUAAAUCAGUCAUGGCUUCGUGCAGUGAAUACUUUUACAACAUCCUUAAAAAGGAUCCAUCAACGAAACGGGUGGACCUCAACGAUAUCGCCCCCUUAGGCCUAGCCACAGUGAUUGCGUAUGCGUACACGGGAAAGCUGACCCUCUCUCUGUACACAAUAGGAAGCAUCAUCUCCGCUGCCGUGUACCUUCAGAUCCACACUCUUGUAAAGAUGUGCAGCGAUUUUCUGAUACGAGAGAUCAGUGUUGAGAACUGCAUGUAUGUUGUUAAUAUCGCCGAAACAUACUGCUUGAAAAAUGCCAAAGCGACCGCCCAGAAAUUUAUCCGAGAUAACUUCAUCGAAUUUGCAGAAUCAGAGCAAUUUAUGAAGCUUACGUUUGAACAAAUUAAUGAGCUUCUCAUGGACGAUGACUUGCAGUUGCCUUCUGAGCUGGUAGCAUUCCAGAUUGCAAUGAAAUGGCUAGAGUUCGACCCCAAGAGAGUGAAGCACGCAGCAGAUCUUCUAAGUAACAUUCGAUUUGGUACCAUUUCUGCACAGGACCUGGUCAAUUACGUUCAAACUGUACCAAGAAUGAUGCAAGAUGCCGAUUGUCAUAAACUGCUCGUGGAUGCUAUGAACUAUCACUUAUUACCUUACCAUCAAAACACCUUGCAAUCCAGGCGAACAAGAAUUAGAGGUGGGUGCCGAGUUCUCAUCACUGUUGGGGGACGCCCUGGCCUGACUGAGAAGUCCCUUAGUAGAGACAUUUUGUAUAGAGACCCUGAAAAUGGAUGGAGCAAGCUCACAGAAAUGCCAGCCAAGAGUUUUAACCAGUGUGUGGCUGUGAUGGAUGGAUUCCUUUACAUAGCUGGUGGUGAGGACCAGAAUGACGCAAGAAACCAAGCCAAGCAUGCUGUCAGCAAUUUCUGCAGGUACGAUCCUCGCUUCAACACCUGGAUCCACCUGGGCAGCAUGAACCAGAAACGCACCCACUUCAGCCUGAGCGUGUUCAACGGGCUCCUGUAUGCGGUGGGCGGCCGCAACGCGGAGGGCAGCCUGGCUUCGCUGGAGUGCUACGUGCCCUCUACCAACCAGUGGCAGCCCAAGGCGCCCCUCGAGGUGGCACGCUGCUGCCACGCCAGCGCCGUGGCCGACGGCCGCGUGAUCGUGACGGGCGGCUACAUCGGCAGCGCGUACUCGCGUUCCGUGUGCGCUUACGACCCCGCGCACGACGCGUGGCAGGAUCUGCCCGAGCUGAGCACGCCGCGAGGUUGGCACUGCGCGGUGACCUUGGGCGACAGGGUGUACGUGAUGGGGGGCAGCCAGCUGGGACCGCGCGGGGAGCGCGUGGACGUGCUCACGGUGGAGAGCUUCAGCCCCUUAGCGCGCCAGUGGAGCUUUGUGGCACAGCUGCCCGUGGGCGUGAGCACAGCGGGAGUCUCGGCGCUGCACGGGCGCGCGUACCUGCUGGGCGGCUGGAAUGAGGGCGAGAAGAAGUACAAAAAAUGCAUCCAGUGCUUCAACCCCGAGCUCAACGAGUGGACGGAGGACGACGAGCUGCCCGAGGCCACCGUGGGCGUGUCCUGCUGCACACUGGCCAUGCCCAACAGCGUGUCCCGCGAGUCACGGGCCAGCUCGGUGUCCUCCGUACCGGUCAGUAUCUGAACGCAUUGCUUCCCAGAGGCCUGUGGUCAGACUGCGAGUGGGCCCCAAAGAAAAUAUACAGCGUUUACUACAGUGAUGGCGACUCAAAGCGAUCUAGAGGAAUGUCCGGGAGGCUCUAAAUUCGUAGUUUGGUAUCAUCUACCUCAGCCUUUCCCCAUCUUCCACCAACAAAAUAAAGGGCUAUAGGCGACAGAAGUAAUUUUGUUCUGCAGCCACUGGGUGGCAAAUGGAGUUUGUUGCAGGCACUCUUCCGAAGAGGCUGCUUCCUAAAUUCCUAGCAGUUACUUGCUGAGAUUUUUUUUUUUUUCCUACACGGUACGCGUAAAAGCUUGAAUGACUAUGCAAUUUCCUAUUCAAAGAUGUCUUUUCUUCUCUGCUUCUUUUGGGAGAGUUGAAAAUACUCAUUUCAAAUUUUCAAAUGAGAAUAGUUUAUACCCAUAAAGAUUUAAUUUUUAUAAUUCAACAUAAAAAUUUCUUUCCCUCUCCUUGAGUAAAAAGAACUUUUAAGGACAUCUCAUGUUAGAGUCAGAAGGCUUUAAACAAGGUGUGGCCGGAAAGCAACACAUCCUACUGGGAGACAGUAAGGCAACAGUUUGUAGUUAAUGGCGUGUACCCUCAUCCUCUGGAAACUACGGAUAUUUUAUGUCAUAAAAUCCUACUCUCAGGGCUGGAGAGAUGGCUCAGUGGUUAAGAGCAUUGUCUGCUCUUCCAAAGGUACUGAGUUCAAUUCCCAGCAACCACAUGGUGGCUCACAACCAUCUGUAAUGAGGUCUGGUUCCCUCUUCUGACCUGCAGGCAUACACAGAGACAGAAUAUUGUAUACAUAAUAAAAUAAAUAAAUAUUAAAAAAAUCCUACUCUCAGAAGAGGAGUGGUUUCCAGUCGUUUAAUUUAUAGGGCAAAUAAAUUUAAAUCAUUUGACAUAUUUCUUAGAAUUGAUUUUAUCUCUUAUCAUCACUUAUAUAUUGGAAAACAUCUUCCUCCCCCCCCCAUGGUGAACCGAGGACCUCAUGCAUGCUAGAUAAGUGCUCUACCAGGAAGCUACCUUUCCAGCCUUCAUUUUGUUUUAUUUUAUUUAUUGAGACAGGGUCUCUCUACGUAGGCCAGAGUAGCCUCAAACUCCCGGAGAUCAGCUUACCUCAGCCUCCUAAGUGCUGAAAUUACAGGCAUGUGUCACCAUUCCCAGCCUUCUGCUUUAUUUUAAAGUAGGGUUUUCCUGGGUUACCUAGGUUACCCUUGAACUUACACUCUUCAGUUUCAGCCUCCCUAGUAACUGGGAAUUACAGAACUGUACCACCAGGUACAACUUUACCCUAAGUUAAAUUGCUUCUACAUUAGCCCAAAUAAUCACCAAAUAGCAUUAUGUUCCUGAGUAUCAUUGACUUCACCUUACCUUUCCAGCUGUGCAACCAAUAGCAGGAAUUUUACUGGCCCACUCUUUCUCAUGAUGAUGAUGAAGGAAAAAGCAUUUAGGAUGCUCCUAGUUGGCAAUGACUGGAUGAAUGGAUAGAUUCACCUAUUGAGAAAUGUGGUUUGUGUCUCCUGAUGUCUAACUUAAAAUAUUAAGCUAAUAAUAUGUGUUAUUUAUGAUUUAUUUUUAUUGUUAUUACUUCAAAUUGCUUUGCAAAUCAAAAGGUAUCUCUCUCUUUUUUUUUUUUUUUGAGUCAGGGUCCCUAUGUAGCUCUGAUUUUCCUAGAACUCAUUACAUAGGCCAAGCUGGCCUCAAAAUCACUGAGAUUCACUGGUCUCUACCUCUUGAGUGCUGGGAUUAAGAGCAGGUGCCACCAUGUCAGGCAAAGUAUAUUUUUCUGCUGCCAAAGAAUAUUUUCUUAUCUGCCAAGUUUGGGGGAGAAGGGAAAAACUAGUAAAUGAUGCAUAUUUUCUUUUAACAUAUCAGUUUAUUCUUUGCAGUAUAUUUGUUUGGGAAGGAAGUACCUAUUGAUUAUAGGUUAUGUACAGUUAGUUUAAGGGGAUAAAUAGGGAUCUGGAACUAUAUCUUGGUUGUCAUUGAUCCCAUCCCUUCCUACCUGUGUGUUGAGUUGUGAUGGAUAUGUCUCAAGCACAGUCAUCUCUCCUUGUCUGUGGGCUACAUAUCUGUAGGUGUAGCCAGCCACACCCCGAAGAGAUUUGACAAAAAUGCACCUGUAGGAAACAUGUGCCGAAUAGCCUUUCUUCUUUUUUUUCUUCCCUAAGCAAUACAGCACAACAGUUAACAUAACUAUUGCAUUGUAUUAGAUAUGAUAAUGACCUAGAAACAGUAUAAAUUCUACAAGAAGAUGUGAGCAGGUUAUAUGUCAAUACUAUGCCAUUUUGUAGUUGGGACGUGAACAUCAACUGGUAUCCUAGCAAGAAGUAGGGCAUGUGCUGGUACCAGUCUCCCAAGGGUACUGAGUGAUGGCUACAUUUGAUUCUAACUGUGAAAAGUGGUUCAAAUAAAACAUUUUUGAAACAAC